AUGGCCCACCAAUCAGUGGACGAGAAGACAGCGAUAGAGCCUGUGAUUACCGCUCAUGCAUGCACCUACAUACACACACGUUCACGCGCUCGUGUCCGAGGUUGUCUCUCACCACCUCUGCCCGUUCUUGUUAGUUUUCUCUCUCUUUCACGUCUGAUCGACUUUUCUUUCAUCGCAAUGACCACUGAAGGUGAAGGUACCAACCCCCCUGUUGCUGGAGCCAACGCUCCAGAGGGUGAAGGCAGCAAGGAAACUGAAGCACCAACCACAUCAGCACCUCCAGUGAAGCAAACGAAAUGCGUCCUUCUCACCGGGUUCGGUGGGCCCAAGUACCUUCGUGUUCAGUUGAAGGACCAAAGGACUGUCGGAAAAGGCGAAAUUGCUGUAGAGGUGGAAGCCUGUGGUGUUGGAUUUCAGGACUUGAUGAUGCGUCAGGGACUGCUUGAUUUUCUCGGCAAGCCCCCCUUCGUUAUGGGCAGCGAGUGCUGUGGAAAGGUUGCUGAAGUUGGUGAAGGGGUGACGAAAUUUAAGGUUGGUGACGAAGUAAUCGUGCUUUGCGACAAUGGAGCCUGGACGGAGCACCUAGUGGUUCGAGCUAUUCCAGAAGAGCCAAGUGAAAGUGGAGCUGAGCACAUGGAGGCUCCCGGCAACGCAGCACCGUUAGCUUUGGUCCUGCACAAACCCACCUCACUAUCAGCCAAUCAGGCUGCCGCAUUCCUCAUGUCCUACCUGCCCGCCUAUCUACUGCUUCACAACGUCGCGUGUGUUCGGUCCGGUGACAUUGUUUUGGUCCAUUCUGCUGGUGGUGGUGUUGGAACAGCGAUCGGACAAUUGGCCAAAUUGAUUCCCGAUGUGAAGCUGAUUGGAACUGCAUCAACCACCAAGCAUGAAAAUCUCCACCAAUUCUACUCACAACUCAUCGGUAGCACACAGGAUUACGUGGCGGAAGUAAAAAAAGAGCACCCCAAUGGCGUUACCGUUGUCUUGGACAGUCGUUCAGGUGAAGACACCAACAAAUCUCUCGGUCUGCUUCAACCUCUGGGUCGCUAUAUUGUCUACGGCAAUUCAAGUUUUGUCACCGGUGAAAGGAAGAAUCUCUUCAAUUUUGCCAAAUCGUGGAUCCAAAUGGAUCGCAUUAAUCCCCUGAAAUUGUUGGAAGAGAACAAGUGUCUUGGCGGCUUCUCAUUGAAACAGAUGCUCUUCCGCCAGCAUCACUCCUCAUUGGUGUUCGAAGCCUGGAAGGCAUUGCAACAGCUUCUGGUGGAAGGCAAAAUUGAGCCUAUAGUUGACAGUGAAUGGAGCUUUGAAGAGGUGAAAGAGGCUUUGCACAAACUCCAAGAUCGCAAGAAUUUCGGAAAAGUUGUCAUUAGCCCGAAAUUGAAGCCGAAGGAGCCCGAACAGGAAAAGAAAGCUGAGGAGUCGGCACCCACCGGAACGAAAGGAGCCAGUGAUUCAGCUGGGGCCGCCACCACGACAUCAGCUACUACUUCGUAA